AUGUCUCUAGACGAGUUUCCGUUACAGCAAUUCAAACAAGUCGCCGAGUCCGUAAGGAACUGGAAGACCAAGCCCGCCGACUCCGAGAACCUCGCUCUUUACUCCCUGUAUAAGCAGGCCAUCGCCGGCGACGUCAACAUCCCUGAGCCCAGCGGCAUCGUAGAGAAGGCCAAGUUUAAGGCGUGGAGCGGCCGCAAGGGCAUCUCCGCCGAUGACGCCAAGAAGCAAUACAUCGACCUGGCCCAGAAAUAUGCGGGCAAAUACGCCUGAAUCUUAGUUUAAGUUUAUUUGUUAAGGAUUUGUUAAUAAUAAAAUAAUAACAACUUUA